UCAAAAGUUGAGAGAGAGAGCUAAUAUGGUCGCGCUGCGACGGCGUUGAGAGAAAAGUUGAGCGAAGGCGCUAUAAAUGCUGCACUGCCACUGACUAGGAGAAGAGAUCUUCACGCAGUGCAAACUCCUUUCUCUGUAUUUCUUUUCUCUAUAUAUUUUUUAAGAUCUACAAUUAAUCCAACUAAUUAUUAUUAUUAUUAUUAUCGGUAUAGAACUGCAACAAAAAAAAAAAAAUUGUUGUAAUUUUGUGAGAAACGCCUAUAUUAAUGCGAUGGACUAUUUAUCUAUUUAAUUACUAUUAAGGAAAAGAAGGAGAGAAGUUUUUUUUUUAGUUUUUUUUUUCUCGCGAUUUUGAUUGGAGCAUGUCUUGAUGGUAAUGGGGUCUGGCAAAAGAGCACGAACCUCUUCUUCUCAAAACAUGAACAUGUCAAUCUCAGGUAUUCGUGAAAGACAUCGGCAGGAACUAGAGAACUUGACCCUGACUGCACAACCCUUCAAAACAUUGAAGUUUUUUGCUCUGGCUAUGGUUCAAUAUUGUAAGAGAUCGGUAUUCUACCUCCUGGCUAAUGGAGGUUGGCUAAUGCUAUUAAGUACAGUGGUGGCAGCUGUUGGAGUUGUGCUUGCGACCAUUGACAGUCCUCAUGAAAAGCAUGUUGAAGAACUUUCUCAUUAUCUGCGAUUUGGAUUGUGGUGGAUUGCCCUUGGCGUUGCAUCAUCGAUCGGUCUUGGAUCUGGUUUGCAUACUUUUGUUAUGUAUUUGGGUCCUCACAUUGCCUUGUUCACGAUUAAGGCAAUGCAAUGUGGCCGAGUUGAUUUAAAAAGUGCUCCUUAUGAUACAAUACAACUGAAAAGAGGUCCUUCGUGGCUUGACAGAGACUGCCAUGAGUAUGGGGACCCAGUGUUUCCAUUGUUACAUGGAUUGCGGGUUCCCCUUAGCAGCAUAUUGCCCCAGGUACAGGUAGAGGCUAUUUUGUGGGGCGUUGGGACUGCACUUGGGGAGCUUCCUCCUUAUUUUAUCUCAAGAGCAGCACGUAUGUCAGGUAGCAAGUUGGAUGCCAUGGAAGAUUUGGAUGCUUCUUCGGAUGGAGAUAGUGGAAUCGUAGCUACUCGCCUUAAAGCAAUCAAACAUUGGCUACAGAACCACUCUCAACAUUUGAACUUCUUCACAAUCUUAGUGCUCGCUUCGGUGCCAAAUCCUCUAUUUGACCUUGCUGGCAUUAUGUGUGGACAAUUUGGGGUUCCAUUUUGGAAGUUUUUUCUGGCGACACUGAUUGGAAAAGCGAUUGUUAAAACUCACAUACAGACGGUGUUCAUUAUUUCUGUUUGCAACAAUCAACUUCUUAACUGGAUAGAGAAUGAGUUGAUCUGGGUACUCGGCCUUGUACCAGGUUUCGAUUCUGCAUUGCCUGACCUCACAGCAAAACUCCAUGCAAUGAAAGAAAAAUAUAUGGCACCUGCACCUCCUGCAUCUGCAGAUAUAAAGGUCAAAAAAUGGGAUUUCUCGUUUACUGGAAUCUGGAACACUGUUGUAUGGCUCAUGCUCUUGAACUUCUUUUUUAAGAUCUUGAACGCAACUGCUCAGAUGUAUCUGAAAAAACAGCAGGAAAAGGAGCUAGCUGCAUGGACAAAUAGGGCAUCAGCUUCGACGCAUUCAGAUUAGGAGUCUGAUCAAAAGGACUAUGACACAUGCAUUUCUAUUUUUCUUCCCUUAAUCUUUUUUUUUCUUUGGCUACAGUUAGCUUAGGGAAGCUAAAGUGACAGCUCUUACAAGUCACCCGAAAAUCUGUUACAUCAGUAAGUUGCUGGUAGAAGGUUGUAUAGAAAUAGGAACAUGAUGCCCUGUAUCAUGUUGGGAGAGGCAUUGUUUUGGGUAGCUCUUAACCCGUCAGUAAGAACUGUUGAAAUUGUUAUCGGAAGCUUAUUAUUAUUAUUCUUUGGAAAUGCAAGACAAAUUAUGUGGUGAUUGAUCUUC